AUGAGAAAAAACCGGAAGCUUUGUCGUCUCACGCCUCGUUUGCCAGCAGUCUAGUAAUACAAAUUUGUGAAGUUAUUUCAGAGGCCAAACAAACAUGGCGGCAGUGAUUCGUCGCUGUAUCUCCCGAGGAGCUAUUAAUGCAAAUCUAAGACAUUUAAGAAAAAUUGAAAGCAUCAGAAGAAAGCUUCCGUGUUUCACUUCUCACAGAUAUGUAUCGUUUGUAAACGAAGAAAACCUAGACGAAGCAAAGGAAACUGAAGAUUAUAAAAAGCAGUUAGGCUACGAUGAAUUAUACACUGGGCACAUACCCACCACGCCAUUUCAACGAGUACUUUUAGCACUUGGAUCAGCUGCCAUGUGUCUUUACAACCCAGCCAGAGAUGACAUGAUUUGUGCUCUUGGAGAAUCAACAGGUUAUUAUGCUUUAAAAAACAUUCGAUCCAAAAUGCUCACAGAUUCUGUUGGAAAGCAAAUUCUUGAGGAACAACCAGUUAUAAAUACUGAGACAAUAAAUAUAAAUUACCUGGGAAGUCUUCCUGAAGGCACAUUUGGCAAAGAGUACUGGCACUUUUUAGAUAACUAUGGAUUCUCCCCUGAUGCACGGCUUCCUGUACAUUUUGUGGACGACCCAGAUCUUGUGUAUGUGAUGCUUCGCUACAGACAGAUACAUGACUUGGUCCACACUCUGCUGGGUAUGCCACCAAACAUGCUUGGAGAAGUAACUGUUAAAUGGGUGGAGGCCAUUCAGACUGGACUGCCUCUUUGCACAUUAGCAGCAUUGUUUGGACCAUUACGCCUGGGACCGAAACAUCAGCAAAAGUACUUGAACACCUAUCUUUCGUGGAGCAUACGAUGUGCAAAGAAUGCAAAGUUCCUGAUGAAUGUCUACUUUGAAAAACACUGGGAACAAGAAAUAAGUGACCUACGCAGAGAUCUGAAUGUAGAGCCCGCACCAGUUCCUCUCAAACGCACUGGCAAAAAGAUUGUAAUACCAUGAGUUUUUUAAAAAUAUUGUUGGUGCAAUGUUUUAGCACUGAUGUGAUUUCUGUAGUGACUAGCUGCAGGAAAAUAAUGCAAAUGUCAAGUCUGAUAGGCAAGUCAUUGUUGUCUUAUGCUGUUUAUAAGUUUCUAUAGGAUCUUGUCUAUGAAGUUUAGCCAUGCUGUGCAGUCUGUAAAUUACUGUUAACAUGCAUUUACCUAUAUUUAUUAUUGCAAAGGUGUUUUCUUGUUCAAACUGUGACGGUAUGUCAUUUAUUAUGUAAAAGAGUGUUUAGAUUUUAGAAAACAUAUAUCGAGGAGACAUAUAAGCAUUUUGACCUAUUGUGUAUGAAUGGCAUUUACUCAAGAUGUUUGUCUGAUUGUUGAAUGCUACCUAAAUAAAUUUGUGAUGAAGAACAACGCAACUGCAAAUUUUGUACAUGUAUUUCAUAAAUAAAUUGUAAAUGUACAAAAUA